AGCUCCGACUCACAGUCGGGGCUGCUGCCAUCUGGAAUGGAACUCGUCGUGGUGCCGGCGUCGUGGUCUUCGCCUCUUCAAGCUGCGGGUCUGGCAGGAUGUUGGCUGUCCCGACAGAGACCGGGCAUCCAGUCUGCUCGCCUCUCCAUUGCGGUCGGAGAAAACGAAGACGGCUCGAACGGACGAGACGCUGCGGGUCCGGGCACGGCCGAGUCGGCGCGACGGGGCAAGGCGGAGCUCGCCGGCGCUCCCCCGGCCUACACCAACGCGGGCUUCGUGGGCGACCCCCCCCCGUACUCCCUCACCGCCCGCAAGAGCCCCACGCCGCCGCCGCCGUUCUACCCCGGCCCUGGCGGCCCGUCCGGCGAACACGGCUACGCAGCGUUCCCGCCGGGGCUCUACCCGGGACCGUACCCGGUGCCGCCGCCCGGCGUCGGCGUGGGCUACCCGAUCCAGCAGCAGCCGUACCCUGCCUUCGCUCCGGGGCAGACGGUGCUGGACCUCACCACACAGGUCCAGGCGCCACCCAAGGACUACCUCCUCGAGUCCAUCCUUGUGACGCUCUUCUGCUGCCUGUGCACUGGAUUCUGCGCCAUCGUCACUUCCAACAAGACGCGCAACGCGUUCCACCGGGGGGACCUGCUGGCGGCGCAGGAGUCGUCGCGACGCACCCGGGCCCUCGUGCUCUUCAGCCUUUCGUUCGGCCUGUGCCUCUGCAUCUGCUGGCUCGCCUUCGUCAUCGUGCAGCUCUACAUGUGAGCGUUGGCGGGCGACACGGCCCGGCGUGCCGUGUGCCCUCCAGCGUGAGGUGAUCCUCGGUUUGAUCCCAGUGCUCUCGUCAGCACCUCCUCUAGGAGGUUCGAGAGCGGGGGGUUUAAAAUGGCAGCUCCAGGCGACACCGUCACUCUUCAGAGACCCCCCGUGUUUCCCUACAGAGCCCCGUGUUUGCUCACAGAUACGCAGUGUCCCCAGCAUGAGAUGAUUCUCAGUUUGAUCCCCAAUGCUCUGGUCAGGACCUGGGAGAUUUGAGAGCGGGGUUUUAAAAUGGCAGCUGCAAGCGACUUUAAGUGUCCUCACAAGGCAGCCUGUGACCCCAGUAUGAGGCGAUUCUUGGCUUGGAACCCUGGUUCUCUUUAGGAGUUUGGCGAUGACGUGGCCGAGGGGUAGCGCACUUGCCACUCGUUGCACAGGUUCGAGGUCAUGAGCCCCCUCGGCCGCCCUGGUCAAUACUACGCCCGGAUUAACCAAACGCUACCCAUCUUCCACGACACAGGGGGCGUCAGCUCGGUUGGCUACGUACCGCGCGAAAGAAGUUCAACGUUGAAGGUCCCGCGACGUUAUUCCUCAAAAUGGGCCAUUGUGUGUCGUUCACGGUUCAAAUUUCGCAAAUUUUAAAUCCGAUUGGAAAUGACCUAAUCGGGUAAACCCACACAGACGACAUCGCCCCCCUGCUGCGAGACUACUGCAGGCUGUACCUGUCUGUGUGGCACAGCGCCUUCGCGAUAGACAGCCGUGCACCGUAGGCGAAUACCGCGAGUAGCGAACGUCACCCCUGUGAUCUCAUUCCUCUGUAGGAGGUGUGGAGAGCAGCGCUUUAAUGGCGGUUCCAGGAAGGGGCUUUUACGACACUGCCCCACAUCCUACUGUAGCCUCAAACACCACUCCCUAACGCGAUUAAGCGGUCGUAAUUGGCCUCUUUGAUGCUCUCAGUUAUGCCGAUAGCAGCGGCAGCUGAUGUGCUGGCUCGCAUGGCCAAUACCUCCGUCGCAAUCAUUCACCCGCCAUCUCUUUAACCCAUUGACAGUGGACCUACUGUGUUUUAUGGUUUCAGCAGUGUUUUACGAGGGUUGUGUGUGUAAUGCUGAGUAGACCGAGGGGAGGCCCAGGACUCGUUCAUGCAUUCGUCACUGGUGUUGAUGGCUGUCAGUGGGAAUUGAAAUUGGGUCGCCGGGUUCGUAGUGCAACACGCUUACCGCUACACUACCACUCACCCAAAUAUGAUAUAAGACGAUGCCAGAUCACGACAAUUGUUGACCAAUACAAAGCCAGAUCGUGACAAUGAGAGGUUAAGACAAUGCCAGGGUGUGACAAUUAGAGACCAAGAUAAGGCCAGGCCAUGACAAUGGGACAACAAGAAGAUGCCAGGUCAUACAGGAGCAUCAGAGGCCAUAUCACAGUUCGGGUGGUGUCUUCUGCUCCGUAGCGUCGCAGAUUUAGUUCCAGUAACAAUGGCUGGCUGGCAGGACACAAUGUCAAUAUUUGUAUGUUUUUAAUUAAAAACGUGUGAACGGUACAGAAUUCACAGCGAUGUUCAAUGGACGAGUAUAUGGCACAUGAUAUGAUAAUGUAGAACUGAAGAUGCAUAUCAAUAAUUUUGCAUUGUAUAAUGUUAUUCUAAGAGGGUUUGUGUGAACAAACGGCACUUAGCGUGGGUGACGAUUGAUAUGCAUUUGCAUAAGGAAUGUCUGUUCAUUAUGAACACAUGGGUCGUACAACAUUUUGACGUUUGUAUUCAUACUCGUCAUAAUCACACGAUCUUAGAUAGCAGCACCCAAAAAUGUGUUUUAAUUCUAUUAAACGUGUAAGAGAAACGGGUAACUUAAGUCGUUUUUUGAAUGUACGUAGAUAAUUAGAAUGACAUGGUGUUCAAGGUUCCCACUACAAUGUUAUCAGAAUCUUUAUUUAGACUGGGGGAAUCCGAUGAGCUAUAAAGCUCUUUUCCACAGAUGCCCAGCACGUCUGAACAUACACGAAGGGUGCCCAGAAAGUAUUGCCCCGCGUUCUUUUGCUCGGCCAGAAUGCAUCGAAGAAAAGUGAAACCCUCCCGUCAGCAUGAGGAGAUUGAUUUGUUUGAACGCGCAUUACAAUUCCACUGUCGACCCCGACGGCUUUCCGCCAUCGGGAAACGCGAGCGCGCGUCUUCCUUGGCAGUGGCGAAUUCGUUUGUGGGCGACCGCCGUAGUCACCUGACCUCCCUUUCUAUUCACACCACGGCUGUCUUCAGCGGACGUUUUCGGCAGUGAGCGGUGUGCUUCAAUUGAACGCGGUUUGUUUUGUUUGAAUUAUAAACAUUUUAAAGUAUAUUUAAAGCACGUUUUAUUUUUUGUGUAAUCCCAUCAUCAAUAAUAAACAUUCACGAGAUGCCAGACGACGAUUUCCAGUCGCAGCUCGGAGGCUCAGCAGGGCCGGGCUCCGGGUUCGUUCUCAUCCGGCAGAGGAAUCCGAUCCCAGCGGCCUUCACCACCGUCUCUAACACGCAGCGGUGAUGUGAUGCUGCUCCUGUUGCCCAUGUGUUGAAGUAUAGUGUGUUACAUAGUAACAUACUGUAUCGACACUACAAAGUUUGAAUUGCUGUUCGACUUUGCGUAUUGUUACCAACGUAUGUGGGAUACCACAAAAGUACUUUGAAUGCCUAUUUUUUCUCACAUUUUAAUUAAAGGAUACAUUGACAUUCAUUCAUGGGAAUGUCAUGCCAUGAUCAUACGUCACGUGUAAGAAGCCCUCCGUCCUACAUGACAGUGCAAGGCCACGCACGCGCGCCACCCUGAGAUGACCGCGGACGUUGCUGGAUGGACUGUGCAUGCCCAUCCACCGUACAGCCCAGAUCUGGCACUCUCAUAUUUUCACCUUGUUUGGUCAUUUAAAGUUUGACCUACGUGGGCUACAUGUUGAAAAUGAUGCUGCAGAACUGCACGUGAUGAUAUUCGCUGGCACCGAUGAAUGUUUAACUUUUUUUUCCACACCGAAUGUAGGCAACCGUGCAAAUUGGAAGUGUGGGCGAAGGACAAACUAAACACAAAAAAGCAAUUCUAAAGAAAUGAGUUUUAUAUCUAGAUUGAAAAGUGCAUGGCUCCAGCAACUUCCUAAUAUCUGAAGAGUGUUCCAGACUGUCACAGAAGCGCAUCUGAAAGCGCGCGAUGCAGCAACUGCUGCGAGCAUGGCCAGAGUUUGCGUGAUGAUCGUGUAACUCCUUGACGAGGUAAGCGACGUAUUGUCGUUCAAAUCCUCCGAGUGAUGGAAUUGUGGCCCUGGUUCGCACGUUGGUGCUAAUGCGUGGGAAAGGUCGGAGGAUGUUGACAGAUGGACAAACACUGGUGACAUCUCCACGAAUGCGAGGUUUGAUAUCUGUUCAAUGAAAAGUUGUUGCAAUAAGAGUACAGCGGCAUAACUACGUUAAGAUGAGCUUGGGGUGCCACAGGAGGAAGGGCUGCUCUUUAGUAUCACCGUCGUUUUGUCACGGUAUUCACGGAAAGCAUGAGUUUUAAUAAUCAAGUCCAUGUAAUCCCACGUUGGAUGAAGCACUUCCUUUAAGAAAUGCCGUGUCAGGUGGUCGAGGUGGGCACAGCUCUCCGCGUUAUUCCGUGAAUGUUUUCUGCUACCUCGGCCAUGAAUUUUGCUCAAACUUCCCUUGACAAAGUCCAAAGGGGUCGGGCGAUUCGGAUGUUAAGGGCCAACACCGCCGAUAUUAGUUUUGAAUCCAGGUUUCAGCCACUACUUGUGGUUAAACUAGGUUCUUGAGUGUACAAAGUUGAUGGUUUCUGCCCGGUCACCAAUGACUGCACAAAUAAAUACAAAUUAUCACAUUAAA